AUGAUGAACAAAACAAAGCAUGAAAAAUACAUCAACGUCCUCCUGAGGGACCCGCAGCAGCAGCAGCAGCAGCUGCAGCAGCUGCAGCAACAACAGCAGCUGAAGCCGCUCCUGGGGGAGCUCCCUGAGCACCCCAAGCAGCAGCAGCAGCAGCAGCAGCAGCGUGACGGCCUGCAGCAACACCACAGUCGCCCCCAACAAACUUCUAUUGAGGACCUAAGCAGCCAUAUACGCUCUCCUGCUGCUGCUGCUGCUGCUGCUGCUCUUAAGUCAGCUCAAGCUAGCAUAGCAGCAGACGCUGCAGCAGCACCUUUCGUGCCCUCCGACAAGCAGCAGCAGCAGAACCAGCAGCAGCAGCAGAAAGUACAACCCAAGCAGCAGAACCGGCGACGCCAGCAGCAGCAGCAGCAAAAGCAGCAAAAGGGUCGGCAGCAGCAUACAAAGCCAGCAGCAGGAGCAGCAGAACAAGCGACACCACCAGCAGCAGCAGCAGCAGCAGAGAUAGAAAAGCGAAGCAAAGACAACACACAAACGGGGCCUGAGGGGCAGCUAAUAGAAGCAGCAGCCGCAGCAGCAAAAGCAGCAUCAAUAGCAGCAGCAAGAAAAGGGAAAGCAGCAGCAGGAACAGUAGCAGCAGCAGAAGCGGGAGACACCGCAGCAAAACGUGGAGCAGCAAAACUUGCAGGUGCAGCAGCAGAAGCAGCAGCAGCAAAGGAGAGAGCAGAAAUUGUUGCAGCAGAAGCAGCAGCAGCAGAAGAAGCAGAAGCAGAGGAAGCAGCAGAAGCAGCAGAAGAAGAAGAAGCAGCAGCAGAAGCAGCAGCAGCAGAAGCAGCAGCAGAAGAAGUGGCAGCAGAAGCUGCAGUAAUGGAAGCUGCAGUAGCAGAAGAAGCAGCAGCAGAAGCAGAAGCACAAAAAGAAGAAGAAGAAGCAGCAGCAGCAGCAGCAGCUAAUGCUGGCCCGCGACACUCCACCGAGUGGAGGCUGGCGGAUAUACUACCAACUGGAAUUGAGGAUUUGAGCUCUCUUGUGGAGAAUCCUAUUAGCUGCUGUUCGGUGCUGCAGCGGGUGCUGCUGCAGCAGCUGCGGCUGCGGCAGCUGGUAGCAGCUUUAGGCUCAAAAGCGAGCGGCAUGACGCAGCAGCAAAACGGUGCUGCUGUCUCCUGCGUUAUUCUUUACUCUCUGCCCCGCAUACGCAGCAACGGAGUCCCCACACGCCCUUGGCGUGAGGGUCGCAUUCAUUACCUUGUAGGCCCAGCAGCCAUAGAAGAGCUUUCCGCUAUUGAUGCAGCAGCAGCAGCAGCAGCAACAGCAACAGCAGCAGCACCAGCACCGGAAGGAGCAUCACCAACGUCUCCAGCUUCAGCAACAGCCGAAGCAGCAGAAGCAGCAACACCACCACCAGCACCAGAAGCAGCGGCAGCAGCAGCAGCAGCAGCAGCAGCAGCAGCAGUUGACGCAGCAGCAGCAGCAGCAGCAGAGCUGCAGGUGGGGUGGCAUACGUCUCCUUUGGUUUGUCUGCAUGACGACCCUUCAAGCGGAGAUCUGCUGCUGCUCGGCCUGCUGCCGCAUUUUAAUACGGGGAAAAUACUCUGCUGCUACUUCUCAGAUGGAUGCAGCAAACUGCAUGAUUUUCAGUGCGGCUGCUGCGAAGGAGAUGCGCCUUCAUUCCCUGUUUCCAUGCUGCAGCAAACAGCGCUGCAGCAGCAAUUGCUGCAGCAGCAGCUGCUGCAGCUGCUGCAGCACCAACAGAAGGCGCUGAAGGCGGCUGCUGCGGUUCCCCACGAACCAUCAACCCCACAGCAGCAGAAGCAAGAACAGCAGCAGCAGCAGGAACUCGAAAUGCAUCAGAAGCAACUGCAGCAGCAGCAAAACAACUGCUUCUACACCCUCCCUCAAGGCGCACGCAUUAUCAGCUUUAGAGACGGCCACGUAGCUCAGGGAGACAGACGUAUUAGCGUUCGUGUCCCUGCUGCAUUUGCUGCUGGCAGCAACUGGCGUGGUGGCUCUGCGCAUUAUAUCGACAGCCGCAGCGGGGCUUGGGCUGGGGUUCCCUUAGUACCCACAGCAGCAACAGCAGCAGCAGCAGCUGCAGCAGCAGCAGCAGCAGAAACAGCAGCAACAGCAGCAGCAGCAGCAAUAGACAACGUUGAACUCUCCUUCGUGCUGCCCACAGAACGAAGCGUUCGCUUUCUGCUGCGAGAUGGAGAUGGAAUUUUUUAUAAGGCUUUUGGGGGCGUCGACUUUGUCGUUCCCUUCCCCGGUGAUUGGAUUAUAACUGCAGAUGGAGUGCUGCAAGAACAUUCUUGCAUGCAGCAGCAGCAGCAGCAGCAGCAGCAGAUGCAGCAAAGGCAGCAGCAGCAGCAGCAUCACCGGAAGCUGCAGCAAAAACAUAGGAUGCAGCAGGUAGGUCAGGAUAUGCUGCUGCAUGCGCCGCUGCUGCUAAUGCAGCAGCAGCAGCUGCAGCAGCUGCAAAGUGAGCAGCAGCAGCAAAUGAUUACGAUGCAAAUGCAGCAAGUUGUUGAGGGCCUCCUAGGCAGAGGACCAGCAGCAAACGAGCUGCUGCAGAAGCUGCUUCCUGGGAAACAGCAGCAGCAGCAGCAGCAAAACCCAGUACUCCAUAAGCAGCAACAUAACCUGCAGCGGCAGCAACACCAAAACCAAAGGAGGCAGCAGCAGCAGCAGCAGCAGCAGUUCCGGCAGCAUCAGCAGCAAGUGCCGCCGCAGCAGCAGCGGCAGCAGCGCCAUCUCCAGCAGCAACUGAAUUGGCAGCCGUUGCAACUUGAGCAGCAGAAGCCGCGGCAGCAGCAGCAGCAGAAGCAGCAGCAGCAGCAGCAGCGGCUUUCUGCUGGUGAGUUUUAUUUGCUUCAGGGACCUUAUACGUAA